AUGUCGCCAAGUGCGUUACAGGCGAAGAAGGCCUACAGCAUCGCCUCGAUGGGUGCUGAUGGUAUUGGGCCCGAGGUCAUCGACGCCGGCGUGGAGGUCCUCAAGGCUCUUACCGAGACGCUGGGAACCUUCGAUCUGGAUUUCACCGACUACGACUGGAGUUCCGACACCUACAAGAAGACGGGCAAGUACAUCCCUGAUGGCGGUCUUGAACAGCUCAAGAAGCAUGAUGCCAUUCUGUUCGGCGCCGUCGGUGCUCCCGACGUCCCUGACCACAUUUCACUCUGGGGUCUCCGCCUGGCCAUCUGCCAACCCUUCCAACAGUACGCAAACGUCCGUCCCACGCGCGUCCUCCGCGGCACCCAAUCUCCUCUCCGCAACUGCGGCGAGGGAGACUUGGACUGGGUCAUUAUCCGCGAGAACAGCGAGGGCGAGUACGCUGGCCAGGGCGGCCGCUCCCACCGCGGUCUUCCGUGGGAGACUGCCACCGAGACUGCCAUCUUCACCCGUCACGGUGUUGAGCGCAUCAUCCGCUUCGCCUUCGAAACUGCCCAGAGCCGUCCCCGCAAGCUCCUAACCUUCGUCACCAAGAGCAAUGCCCAGCGUAAUGGCAUGGUUCUCUGGGACGAGGUUGUGUACGAUGUCGCCAAGGACUUCCCCGACGUCACCCUUGACAAGAUGCUCGUUGAUGCAAUGACGACACGGAUGGUCCUCAACCCCAAGAGCCUGGACACCAUUGUCGCAACUAACCUGCACGCCGAUAUCCUCUCUGACCUGGCCGCCGCUCUUGCCGGCUCCAUCGGUAUCGCCCCUACGUCCAACCUUGAUCCUACCCGCAAGAACCCUUCCAUGUUCGAGCCCAUCCACGGCUCUGCCUUCGAUAUCACUGGUAAGGGCGUGGCUAACCCUGUCGCGACGUUCUGGACCGCUGCCGAGAUGCUCGCUUGGCUCGGCGAGAAGGAUGCCGCCGACAAAUUGAUGGAGGCCGUCGAGAACGUCACCGGCAAGGGUGUGGUGACUGCUGAUCUGGGCGGUAAGGCAACGACCAAGGAGGUCACUGCUGCGGUGGUAUCAGAGAUCAAGGAGAGGUUUGGCAAGAAGGCCUAA